UGUCAGAACAACAACUUCCUUGUGGUUUCAAGCGACUGGAUAAACUGUGUGAUGUGAAAGUAAACACGAAAAUGUCUGGGAAGAACAUAAACCAAACCACAGAUUUUCAUAAUGAAUAUAAAGGGAUUCCUGAGCAAAACUCAGGUACUUCAUUAUUAAAUGUAAAGGAAGAGGUGGAAAAAGGUGAAAUGAAAAACUGUAAGAAAGAGCUUCAUUCAGAUUCCUGUGCCAAUUUAUUGAUUGCCAUAAAUGCAUCUACCAGUGAGCGCAAUCCACCUUAUUUUGUGAUGAAAGCUAACAGUAUGUGUGUGGAUUAUCAAGAAGCAAAUCAUACUACAAAUGAUAUAAAGAAAUCAAAUAUAAUUAAGGAAGAGGAAUAUCCAGACACUUAUUUGGACCAGCACAUCAAUAAACAGACUGAGACAGAGGAAAUAAAUAAGAAUUUCACAGCGAUAAGGUCUAAUUCAUGUACAUUUAUUUGUUCUCAGUGUGGGAAAUGUUUUAGUUACAACUCAAAUUUUCUUAAGAAUCAGACAAUUGACCCAGAUGACAAAACAAUUGCGUGUCCAGAAUGUAGGAAGUGUGACACCGGAAACUCUAUAUCAGAAAAAACGUUUUCAUGCUUACAGUGUAAGAAAUGUUUCUCUAAAAAAUCGGACUUUAUUCUACAUAAGAGAAAAAAACACUCCAACAAAAAAACAUAUUCACGUUCGGAAAAUGGGAAAUUUGGUAAAAACUCAAUGCAUGUUGUAAAUAAAAGAUUGAAUAUCUCAGAAAAACACUUUGCAGGUUCAGAUUAUGGCAAACGUGAUAUUACAAAAUCCCAUUAUAGUAAUUAUAAUAGAAUUCAUGCUGGGUGUAAACCAUUUGUAUGCUCGGAAUGUGGCAAAUGUUUUAGCGAUAAAAAAACUCUUAUUAGGCAUCACACCAUACACACAGGAGAGAAACUUUUUACAUGUGCUGUAUGCGGGAAAGGAUUUGCUAGUAACCCAGAGCUUGUUGUUCAUAAGAGAAUGCACACAGGAGAAAAGCCAUAUUCUUGCUCUGAAUGUGGAAAACGUUUUAGUAGUAACUCAAAUUGUGUUCGACAUCAGUCUAUGCACAGAGGAGAAAAAACAUUUCCAUGUUCUGAAUGUGGGAAAUGUUUUGCAAGAAAUUCAUAUCUUUUACAGCAUAUUAGAGUUCACACUGGAGAGAAACCAUAUGCAUGCCCUGAAUGUAAAAAAAGCUUUGCCAGAAACGCAGAUCUGUUCAAACAUAGAAGAGUUCACAGAAGAGUUAAAAAAUAUGCUAAAAACUCCAUGCAUGUGUUGGAUGAGGUAUCGGAAAAAACAUUUGCAUGUUCGGAUUGUGGGGAAAGUUUUAAUCAAAAUUCUGAUCUUUUUAAACAUAAUGCAAUUCAUACAGGACAAAAAGUAUUUGCAUGCUCGGAAUGUGGGAAAUGUCUUAGUAGUAACUCAAGUCUUGUUAGACAUCAUACUUUGCACACAGGAGAAAAGCUAUUUUCAUGUUCUGUAUGUGGGAAAUGCUUUGCUAGUAAUCGAGAGGUUGUUGUACAUAAGAGAAUGCACACAGGUGAAAAACCAUACUCUUGCUCCAAAUGCGGAAAAUGUUUUAGUAAAAACUCAAAUCUUGUCCGACAUCAGGCCAUACACACCGGUGAAAAACCAUUCCCAUGUUCCGAAUGCGGGAAAUGUUUUGCUAGAAAUUCAUAUCUUGUACAACAUCUUAGGACUCACACUGGAGAGAAACCAUAUACUUGUUCUGAAUGUGAGAAAUGUUUUACCAGAACCUCAGAUCUUUUUCACCAUAGAAGAGUCCACCACACAGGAGAAAAACCAUAUGAGUGUUCUGAAUGUGAGAAAUCUUUUGGCAGAAAAUCGGAUCUUUUUCAACACAGAAGAGUUCACACAGGAGAAAAACCAUUUGCGUGUUCUGUGUGUGGCAAAGGAUUUAGUCGAAAAUCAUUACUGGUCAUGCACAGUAGAAGACAUGUAAGAGAAAAGUAAUUAUCUUGAAGCUGCAAACUAAUAAUGUAAUCAAUGUUUUGGUAGUGAUUCAGGCCAUGCAAAUGUAGAGACAUUAAAAUGUUAUUCAUAAGAGAGAAAACCCCAGUAUUUUAAUGAAUUCAUUAUUUAUUUUAUUUAAUGAUACAGAUAGAUUAUACAUUUUUUUAUAUAUUUUUAAACCUGUUUCCAAUUUACUUAUCAAUUUUGCUUCAUUCUCUUGGUAAAUUUUAUUGAAGAAGCAGCAAUGCACUUCUGGGAGCUAGAUGAACACAUUUGUAGGCAUAUAAGUCCAGUUACCAAUUAGGCUCAGGAGCUCGGUGCUAGUUGCUAUCUAGAUAUGAUUUUCAACAAAAGCUACCAAGAGAAUGAAGCAAAUUAAAUAAUAUAAGUAAAUUGGAAUGUUGUUUAAAAUUGCAAGCUUUAUCUGAAUAAUGAAAGAAAAGUUUUGGAUAUCAUGUUCCUUUUAAUUUUAAAAUGUAAUACAUUUUGAAAUGUCAUCUUUUGGAUGCAACAAAUUAAAAUUACUUUAUUGUUCCUUUCAAAUAAAAAAUUUACAUAAUCAUUU